AUGGCGUGGCAGGGGCUGGUGCUAGCGGCCUGCCUCCUCAUGUUCCCCUCCACCACUGCAGAAGACUGCCUGUCCCGGUGCUCCCUGUGCGCAGUGAAGACCCAGGAUGCAGCCAAACCCAUCAACCCCCUGAUUUGCUCCCUGGAAUGUCAGGAUGCACUGUUGCCCUCAGAGGAGUGGGAGAGAUGCCAGGGCUUUCUGCCUUUUCUCACCCCCUCUACUCGUGGGCUCCAUAGUGAGGAUGGCUUACAGGGCAAGGCGGCGUUGGAAGAAGGCUACAGUGAGCUGGCUGAGCUCCUGGGGCCCUUCCUGAAGGAGCUGGAGAGAAGCAGAUUCCUUCCUGGUACCCCAGCACAGGAGAGGCUCAGGGGCCUGUCUGAUGGGCUUGGAGAGGGAAGGGAAUCUGAGUUAAUGGGGGAUGCCCUGCCAAACAACCAUGUCAUGGAGGCUGGUGCACUUGACUUCAACAAUGAGGACCCUAAGGAGCAGGUCAAACGCUACGGGGGCUUCUUGCGCAAAUACCCCAAGAGGAGCUCAGAAGUGGCUGGGGAAGGGGAUGGGGAUGGGGCAGGCCAUGAGGACCUAUACAAACGCUAUGGGGGCUUCCUGAGGCGCAUUCGUCCCAAGCUAAAGUGGGACAACCAGAAGCGCUAUGGUGGUUUCCUCCGGCGCCAGUUCAAGGUGGUGACUCGGUCUCAAGAGGACCCCAAUGCCUACUCUGAAGAGUUUUUUGAUGCGUAA